CCCACAUCCCCAACCAAAAUGGCAAUCUGGCUCCAAGGCCCCGGCUCCGGCGCCAUCGCCGACCCGGCCCUCAAAAUCCGUCCGGACAGAGGCGGCGCCAUCGUGCAGCCAUCCAGACCCGAUGCAAAGCAGGGCGCCGUGCACUUCAUCCUCCCCGCCCCACCACGCGAGAACCCCAACAUAACCUCCGUCGCCGUUGACUUCGAGACCGAUAAGGCAUACGUCGACGCCGUGGCUAUUCGUUUCGCCAACAUGGAGGCAUUCCGCGAACGGUUCCCCGGUCCCAAGACUUCCUCGUUUGCCGUCAAAGUGCCUCCGGGGGAGGCGGAGUAUAAUGGUCGUGGAGUUGUUGUUACUGUUUAUGUGAAGUUUAGGGAGUUCAGGGCUGUCGUUGAUUUUGAUCAGGUGAGGAUUGCGGUUGAGUAGGUGCGCUUGUGUUCUUGGGAUUAGGUUUUCAGUUCUUGGUUUCGUUCUUGUGUAUUAUGUAUGGUUUAUUGGUUUGAAGGGUGUCGCUCCCUGUCAGGACAGGGAGUGAUGUUUGGAUUAUUGCUUUGUUUCUGUAUUUUGUGUUAACCUACCUGCUGUGGAGAUUUCGACUUAUGUCUGACUCAAUGGAUGUGCUGUGCAUUUCAUAUGGUUGAAGAGACAAUAUUAAAUUAACCUCAGAUACUGUCUGGAGGCUUUCUUUAGAACAAUGUUCGCAAUAGACAUAGUGCGGAAGCCUAUCUUCUAUCGAUCCCAACAUGCUAUCUCAUAAA